AUGAGCUCUUCGCCCCUCGAAGACGAAGGGAGCUCCCCGGGCAGUAGUCUUGGUACUGAUGCCGGCGAUGUUGGUGCCGUAACUAUCAGUUCUGUUGCCGCCGCAGGCGAAGCUGUGCAGCCGGAGGGAACCGAGGCCAUCCACUCGACCACGGCAUCGGCUCCGGCGUCACGUACCGGGGAGGGCCGGAGUGGGCCGCGUUCGAGGAACGGGUGCUGGACGUGCCGCACUAAGAAAGUAAAAUGCGAUGAGCAGAGGCCGAACUGCCAUCGCUGCACGCGUCUGCGACUUCUUUGCGAUUAUGCACCCCGCAUGAAGCUUACCAAACGAGGCAAGACGCGCAAGGAUCAACUCAUCUCAUCCAUUUCGUCGGCUGCUUCUGGGGAGGGGAGGACGCCCGGAUUGCCGAGCUGGACUCAGGCGGCUGCCCGUCUGGAACAAAGCAAGGCCUUGUCGUUGUUCAACCCGUCGGCUCCGGCUACGGGUGCCUGCGCCCUGGAUCUGUCGUCGGCUGACCACGAGGCAAUACGCUAUUUUCGGACUAGCUUUGCCAAGUUGAAUCAUACGAAGAACCCGGACUUUUCAUUGUAUUCCAUCAUGUUCGACAUCGCGCAGACGGAUUCCAUGGUCAUGCACGUUGUGCUCGCGCUCGGCGGACGAGAGCUUGAGUUCCGCCGCAACAAGAAUGCCGAAGAGGCCAGGGGGCCCCGAACGCCCCUGCAGCAUUACUCCUCGGCCUUGAGGAUGAUGGCUGAUACCAUUGGUGGCGAACAGAACGGCCAGCUUGAUCUUGAUUCUGUGUGCACGGCAUUGUAUCUUAUGCUUCUGUAUGAGCAGAAGUAUGGUGACGGAAAGUGUCAGGGCUUAUCCAAUCAUCUGGCCGGCGCAAGCUUGAUACUGCAGCAUCGCUUCAAAGACCUUCUCCUCCAACUCCCUGCCCCCUCUCCCGAGAACAACAGGAAAAGCUUAGCCUUGACAAGGCGGGACCAAGAUGAGAAUGGUACGCGCCUGUCGCUUUAUUCGGCGCGCAUGCUUGUCUGGAUCGCCCUGCACGAUGCAUCAGCAGCAUCAUAUGGACUCGGUGGCCAGUUGAACUGCGCCCUGCAUAAGAUCAUGGGGGUGUUGGAAGCCAAUCACGGAAAUACGAGAGUGGGCAUCGGGAGCAGUCCCUUCCAACCCUUGGACAGUUUUGAGAGGUUACAUCGCUUCUCAAAUCCGCUGUACCGGAGCAUGUGGGCGGAUACAUACCCCCAGGCUGAACUGUUGGAUGAUGUCGAGAACCGCAUCGUGUAUGCCUUUCUCGGUGCCUGCAGCCAGCUACGAUUCAUGAUUGCACAGCUCGCCAACCUCUCACACGAGGAUGAAGAGUCUCAACAACAACGGGCUACGGCGGUAGACAUUACAAUCCAGCAGGUGGGCUGGAAAUUUACCGAGUUGCUCGAGGUCGCAGCCGAGCUUUCCAUCAGUACAGACAACUCGCACCGCCUAGUUGCCAACAUCCGUGGCAUCGUCCCGCAUUACUACGCCGUGGUACUCGAGUUUCUCAGACUGACCAGGUUCAAUGACACGCCUAUGCUCUCUACUCGCCAGCGCAACGCCCUUCGCGAGAUCAUGAACUUGGCAUUCCAGGCUUUCAAGCACGAAGGCGACGAGGCAAUGACACGUAUUGCAUGGCCGCUUUUCAUGGUCGCACUCGAGACCGACGAUCUGUUGCACCGCGAGUGGGUGCUUAGUCGAUUCCAGGGCAUGAGCCGCUUCGGGAAGAAUUUCGACCGUGCUCAUACCUUUUUGAAAGAGACGGUUGAGAUGCAGAAUAUGUUGGGGGGAAGACUCGAUGUUCGCGAUAGGUUCCAGUCGGGAAAAAUGUCGGAAAAGUUGGAGAAGCCACCCAUCGAUGAUGUUGGUCAAGGAGACCAGACAUUGAAGGAUAUUGGGGAAGGCUUCAUUUCGGGCCAAGGACUCAGCCCGGAAGAAGACAAGAGACUUUUGCGCAAGAUCGACCUAUAG